UAUUUUUUUUACUAACUAAACUAGACGCCGGGCCGGGCCGGGCCCAAGCUAACAUUUCCCUGCCAGAAUCUUCUUUCACGGUCUUCCUCAGAUGCUGCACCAAAGACCUGAGAGAAGAAGCCACCAUAGCAGCUAGUGGCAAAAUCAAGGGAUAAAUUGCUAGCCCAGACUGAACAAUUGUAUACCUGAGGACCUUGAUAAAAACUCGCCAGCACAGAGAGUAAAAACGUUGACAGCCCAAGCACAGGGAGAGGUGAUAUCGCACCCAAUUGACAGAAACAACCAAAAACCCAGGGAAUCUACCUGUCCUUUUUAUGGCGAGAAGGAGCAAAUGAGCAGCUUGAACGAGUUUCGCUAAUAUUAAUAUAUAUCGGGAAACGACAUGUCGUCCAAUAUGCUGAACGAUCACGAACAUACACUGUGCUGAUUAACAAGCUGCUCAGAAAUGCUUGGCUAAACUUAUAUGCAAUCUCUAGUUUUAUAACAGGACAGGAGAUGCUCGAUAAUCAUCAACAAUGCUACAAUAACAAUAAGAAUACCAAUGUUUGAUCUUCAGUUUUGGAUUCUCCAAUGCUCAGAUACUCUCCAAUUUUUCCUUCUCUUUCUCUCCUCCGUUUACGCAAAUCAUACCACUGGAAGCCCCGCCACGAAUCCAAACUUACCCGACCCGAACUCAUCGACCGGAUCUCCCGCCUCCUUGUUCUCGGUCGCUACCAUGCCCUUAAGGACCUUAAUUUCCAGUUCUCCGAUUAUAUUCUCGAUUCUGUUCUCCUUAAACUCAAAUUUAACCCUAUCGCCUCCUUACAUUUCUUUAAAUUAGCCUCUAAACAAUCCAAUUUCAGACCCAACGUUAACUCUCACUGUAAACUCGUUCACAUUUUGUCUCGAGCUCGAAUGUACGACGAAACCAGGUCAUAUUUGAACGAACUGGUCACUCCUUCUAAGAAUAAUUAUUCUUCCCUUGUUGUUUGGAAUGAACUUGUCAGGGUUUUUGAGGAUUUUAAGUUUUCACCUACAGUUUUUGAUAUGAUAUUGAAAAUUUAUUGUGAAAAAGGAAUGAUAAAGAAUGCACUCCACGUGUUUGAUAAUAUGGGAAAGUUCGGUUGCGUACCGAGUUUGCGGUCUUGUAAUCGUUUGUUAAGUAGCUUGGUUAGAAAAGGUGAAAGUUCCAAUGCAAUUCUUGUUUAUGACCACAUUAAUAGGUUAGGGAUUGUGCCUGAUGUUUUCACUUGUUCGAUUAUGGUUAAUGCGUACUGUAAGGAUGGAUGGGUUAAUGUUGCUGUUGAUUUUGUGAAGGAAAUGGAUUAUCUAGGUUUUGAAUUGAAUGUAGUGACUUAUAAUAGCUUGAUUGAUGGGUGUGUUAGUAUUGGUGAUAUGGAGAGAGCUGAAAUGGUUUUGAAAUUGAUGGGUGAAAGGGGGAUUUUGAGAAAUAAGGUUACACUUACGUUGUUGAUUAAAGGUUAUUGUAGACAAUGUAAGUUGGAGGAAGCAGAGAAGGUGCUUAGAGAAAUGGAGAGAAGUGAGGGUAUGGUUUUGGAUGAAUAUGCUUAUGGUGUUUUGAUUGAUGGGUAUUGUCGAGUUUGUAAAAUGGAUGAUGCUGUUAGGCUUCGAGAUGAGAUGUUAAAUGUUGGAUUAAGGAUGAAUUUAUUUAUUUGCAAUGCUUUGAUAAAUGGAUACUGUAAAAAUGGUCAAGUUUCUGAGGCAGAGAGGUUGUUAAUGCGUAUGGUGGACUGGGACUUGGAACCAGAGUCUUAUAGCUAUAGUACUCUCAUGGAUGGAUUCUGUAGAGAGGGUCUUGUCACUAAGGCUAUCAGUGUUUAUAAUGAGAUGCUUAGGGUUGGAAUUCAAUCGAAUGUUGUAACUCAUAAUUCUCUUCUUAAGGGCUUAUGUCGUGUUGGUGCCUUUGAGGAUGCUUUACACGUUUGGCAUUUGAUGCUGAAGAGAGGUGUGACUCCUGAUGAGGUCAGCUAUUGCACUUUGCUUGAUUUGCUCUUCAAGAUGGGAGAAUUUUUUAGGGCUUUGGCAUUGUGGAAUGAUAUUCUAGCUAGGGGUUAUGGCAGAAGUACAUAUGCUUUCAAUACAAUGAUUAAUGGGUUCUGUAAGAUGGAGAAAAUGAUUGAAGCAGAGGAGACUUUCAACAGGAUGAAGGAACUGGGUUUUGAACCUGACGGUGUAACAUAUAGAACUCUAAUUGAUGGAUAUUGUAAACUUGGAAAUGUUGAAGAAGCUUUUAAAGUUAAGGAGAAGAUGGAAAAGGAAGCAAUUUUGCCUUCCAUUGAGUUGUAUAAUUCUCUUAUUGGCGGACUUUUUAAGUCUAAGAAAACUAGAGAAGUGAUGGAUCUUCUUUCUGAAAUGUGCCUUAAAGGAUUAUCUCCUAAUGUUGUCACUUAUGGAACCCUCAUCGCUGGCUGGUGUGAUGAAGGGAGACUGGAUAAGGCAUUUACUGCAUAUUUUGAUAUGAUUGAAAAGGGCUUUGCUCCUAAUGUAAUUAUCUGCAGCAAAAUUGUUAGUAGCCUCUAUCGACUUGGUCGAAUAGAUGAAGCAAAUAUGCUAUUGCAGAAGAUGGUGAAUUUGGAUGUUUUUCUAGAUCAUGGAUACUUUGACAGGUUGCACAAGGCAGAUGAUGGGAAUCUAGACAGUCAGAAAAUUGCAGAUACUCUCGAUGAAAGUUCUAAAAGUUUUUCUUUGCCCAACAGUGUGGUGUACAAUAUAGCUAUUGCAGGGCUUUGCAAGUCUGGCAAGGUUGAUGAUGCUAAAAAAAUUUUCUCAAGCUUGUUGCUAAGAGGCUUUAGUCCAGAUAAUUUCACAUACUGCACCUUGAUUCAUGGCUAUUCAGCUGCUGGUAACGUGAAUGAUGCUUUCAGCUUACGAGAUGAGAUGUUGAAAAGAGGUCUUGCUCCGAACAUAAUUACUUAUAAUGCUCUGAUAAAUGGCCUUUGUAAAUCGGGGAAUCUCGAUCGAGCCCAGAAGCUUUUCGAUAAACUUCACCUGAAGGGAUUAGCUCCUAAUGUUAUUUCUUACAAUAUACUGAUUGAUGGAUACUGUAAAAAUGGUAACACAAGAGAAGCAUUGGAUUUGAGAAACAAGAUGUUAAAAGAAGGGAUCUCUCCCUCCCUCAUUACCUAUUCUGCCUUGAUUUAUGGUUUUUGUAAACAGGGAGAUAUGGGAAAAGCAACUAACCUUUUAGAUGAGAUGAGAGAGCUAUUUGCGGAUCAAAAUCUUGCCAAAUUUGUCAAGUUGGUUGAGGGUCAUGUUAAAUGUGGAGAAGUAAAGAAGAUUGCAAAGCUUCACAAUAUGAUGCACAUAACAAUUCCCUGUGCUGGUGUUAUCUCUCAUAAACAGAUGGAGUUAGAUGUGUUCUCAAAUGCCAAAGAAAUGCUGAAGCUGUGUGUUGAUGGAUGUUUAGUAAUCUAAGAGUUUGUUAAAAGGUUGUUAUGUUUAGUGGAAGUCAUCUUGAUUUAAUUCAUCUCCUUGAGAAGCCCAGGUAAUAUGUUGGCGAGGGGUGAAUUUAGUCUCCAUGAUACAGGAUCUUGGCUCUGAGUUCCACAUGCCUCUCGUCACAUACAUGUCUAAUUCCUGUGGAGGGAUUAAUAAAUUGGAAGCGAAAAGAAAGCAAUGCUCUCAUCAUCUGAGGAUGUACUGGUGUAAUUCCUUGGAGGUUUACUACCGCAUUUAAAAUAUUUGGAACUGAAAGAAUACAAAGAUUGAAUUCAAACUGCAGCAAGUCGGAGUUAAUUAUUGUGUGCUUGUUUGGUGCAAUGAGAAACUCACCACCUACAACACAUCAUCAUUUACUCAAUCGCGGGUAAGCUGGUAUUUUGGACUUGCACCACUUCUCAAAUUGUACCUUAAGGUUAAGAUGUUGCUUCACUAUCAUCUGCAUGAUAAUGAUAGCCAGGACAGCAGCCCAUUCCUGGGAUGGACACUGAUAGCAUGUAAUCUUGGGGGUGAGGCCAUAAACUUGAAGAAACACUUACCGAACAAAUGAAUGCUGGCAUUUAUCGAAUGGAUAUCUUGCACCUGAAAAUCCUGUUGGAGAUAAAUUUUUUGGACAGAAGCUACAAAAAGGUUAACCCAUCUGAGCUUGACAGUCAUACACGAUGCUCCCAUGAGGUGAUGUAAUUUGUAUUUUCUUAAACCUUGAAAUCUACUUACUGUGCUUGGUUACAUUCAUUCAUUUAGCCAAUAGAAUAAUCACCUGAUAAAUAUGUUGUAUAUGAGAUAUAUAACUACUUGGGUAUUAACAUGAGACAGAAAUUUAAGAUAAAGAGAAAAGAAGCUAUGGAGCAUCUAGUUAGAUUAUUUUCUAUGUUUUGAAAAUACAGCGGAAGCUGCAUCUCUGCUAUCUAUUGUUUGGAAACCGUUGAAGAUUCAUUAUAGUCAUUGCUGUCAUCAAGACUUGGUCAUGAUAAGCUUAUUAUAAUGCAUAGAAUUUAAUUUGAUUCUUAAAUUGUAGAUCCGUUGUUAUAUUAUGGCCACUGGUGAUGUAUCAAAUAUCUAUUACUUUUUCAAUGGAUAGAGGCAGGAGAAUAUUUAAUGCUUAAAUCACAAUUGAAAGUUUCUUAAGAAUGAGUACAUGUUUCAGGAUGUCAUGUUAGCCGUUGACCCCAUGAAAAACUGAAUGAACCUUGCUAAGGCUGUUAGCAAUAUGGAAGAGAACCUGAUCCUGCUAAUUAUAGGCGUCAUUUUCUUGAUAUGGAUUAUUGAACCUUGCCAGAUGCAUUUAUGUGAAGUAUGUGAAUUUUGGCAUUGCAUAUGAACAAAUGUUUCUGAAUUUGAGCUUCGAGUUCUGAAUAAGCACUUCACAUAGCCUCUGCAUAUAGAUCGAAAAGAUAAACGACAAGAGGUACAUUACAAAGUCGCACAACAAGAGACUUUUUUGUGCUUCUACCCUGUCUCUAAUGGAAGAAGAGGCUUCUAAUGCAAGAUCAUGUGGAUGCUAAUAUUUUCUUCUUUAUUUUCCAUGUAAUAAUAGAAAAUUUUAUGACAUUAACAGGAUGAAAGUUGUCGGCCUAUGUAAUGAGAGCUACUAGGAUUAUGGAAUCCAGCCUAUGAGAAGAAAGGGUGUAAUAGUUUUGAAAUAGACAUCCUUUUCCGCUAUUGUUGGUCGUAGUCGUAGGCAUAAGUUGCCCAGUCCAUCUCAAUAUGAUGCAAUCGUAGUGAUUUUCAGGAAGUUGUCUCAUCUGAUAAAUCGCAAGCCACUUAAAUUAGAAAUUUUAAAAGGGGGAGUAAAGAAAUGAUAUUUGCAGUGUAAUUACUUGGGAUCAUCCUCAACCAACACAGCAUAAUGGCAUGGGUUAAGUAGCAGAUCAUAAAGUAAUCAAUCUGCCUGCUGAAAGUAUGAGAAAAGCAACCCGAUGAUUAUUAUCUCUACUUCUUUAUUUUUCAUUUAAUUUAGGUCUGCAUGUCUCACUAAUUAUGUUUUGUAUUUUGAUCAUAAAGUAAAUAUGGCAAUGGCAUCACCGCCCGGGUAAGGUUUUCCUUGAA